UGUCUCGGCAGGGCCAGAACUUUUCUCUGUGCGAGCUCGUGUGUACCUGCCGGCCCGGGCUGCUCCCCCAGCCCUGGCUCCAAACGCUGCCAAGGAGUUCCACUCCCCCAUGCACACUGCUCCCCUCCCGACCCACGGAGCCGCUGAGAGCCAUGGCUGAUGCUGGCUGAUGAGGAGAUCGGAGGGAAGGGGAAACUUUCCCAAGGGCAGAUCGUGCUGCAAAGUCCAGCUGAGGCUGAGUGCUGGGCACGGAGGAUCUGCCUUUGGGCACUGGCACCCUCCAUGCUGGACCUGCGACAGCAGCUCCACUGAUCCAGCCACAUGCUCUCACACUUUCGCCUUUGAGGAGCAGCGGGAUGCUGUAGGGUCUCUGUGCUGGUGCGUCCUCCCCAAACUCCUCAGCUCAGGUUCUUCUACCUCAGGCUACAGACUGGGCCCUCCUUGUCCUUCCCCAGCUGCCUGAGGAGGGAGUCCUUCUGAGGGGACAGCCCCAUCUUGUCCCACAGUGAGAGCGCGACAGCAGUGGCCCAAAAGAUGGCCAUCAAUGGGAGUGAGAGUGCAGGGUCCCGUCUGGCUGCUGAGUGAGGACGGCGUGGGACAGGAGUCACAAUGGCUGGGUGGGAUCGUGCUGUCCCAGCGCGCUCCAAGUCGGACAGGCCGAGGGCACAGGAUCACUUCAGAGGGCAUGAGGCAGGAGGAGCCACGACCUCUCCCUGUCAGAAGGAGUGACGGGUAAUUUGGGAGACAAAGCACACGAUGACGCUUCCUGGCAAAUGGUCCAGGAGACCCAGGACCUGCUGACUCUGGCUUCACUGGCCUCCGGGCAGACUUGUGAGGGGCAAGAGGAUGCCAACACCUAUGCGGCGUGCCCAAGCCUGGAACUGCCGCCACUGUGGUGCACUGAUUGUGAGGGCAAGGAAAUGGAUACCUUCUGCUUUGUUUGCCUCCAGAAAGAGGAGCUACAGCCCUUGCAACUGAACAGUGCGACGAUGAGUGCUGGCUCGAUCGAGCAGGAGCCGUCGCGCAAGCUGGCCUGUUGUGGUGUGCCCCUGAUCACCGAGGACAUGCAAUCGCUGGCCAUCCGCACGCUCUCCGGCACCGACAUCAACAAGCACUAUGACCUCAUCCGCGAGCUCGGCAAGGGCACCUACGGCAAGGUGGACCUGGUGUCCCACAAAAGCACAGGCACCAAAAUGGCAUUGAAAUUCGUGAACAAGAGCAAGACGAAGCUGAAGAACUUCUUGCGGGAGUUCAGCAUCACCAACACGCUCUCCUCCAGCCCCUUCAUCAUCAAGGUCUUCGACGUGGUCUUUGAGACUGAGGAUUGCUACGUCUUUGCUCAGGAGUACGCGCCUGGCGGGGACCUCUUUGACAUCAUCCCUCCACAGGUGGGCCUCCCUGAGGACAUGGUGAAGCGCUGUGUGCAGCAGCUGGGCCUGGCCCUGGACUACAUGCACAGCAAGAACUUGGUGCACCGGGACAUCAAGCCAGAGAACGUGCUGCUCUUUGACCGCGACUGCCGCCGAGUGAAGCUGGCCGAUUUCGGCAUGACCCGCAAGGUGGGCUGCCGAGUGAAGCGCAUCAGUGGUACCAUACCCUACACGGCACCUGAGGUGUGCCAGGCUGGCCGGGCCGAAGGCUUCGCCGUGGACACCAGCAUUGAUGUGUGGGCCUUUGGGGUGCUCAUCUUCUGCGUUCUGACUGGCAACUUCCCCUGGGAGGCAGCCUCUGCCUCGGACACCUUCUUCGAGGAGUUUGUGCGGUGGCAGAAGGGUCGCCUGGCAGGCCUGCCAUCCCAGUGGCGGCGCUUCACAGACAGCGCCCUGCGCAUGUUCCAGCGUCUCCUGGCCCUGGACCCUGAGAAGCGCUGCCCCGUCAAGGAGGUCUUCUACUUCAUCAAGUAUGACCUGAUGUCAGAGGUGCGCCGCCGGCCCUCCUACCGCUCCCGCAAGCAUGCCGGAGAUAAGCUCUCUGCCGGCCCCCACCGCCAUGAGACACCCAGCUCCUGCACCCCCACCCCGCUCAAGAGAACCAUCCUGACAGAAGGCAGUGGCCCCCGGCCCUCUGCCUCUGAGCCAGGCCUGCCCUCCCCCGGGGGAGCUAGCCGGACGGAUGGGCGGCAGGACAAAGGCAAAGGGCAGAUGGUCCUGGCCACAGCAAUAGAGAUUUGUGUCUGAUGAGGGCUCAGUGGGAAUGAGGGGACAGCUGGUCCUCGCGACACAGCUCUGCUCCAUACAGCCUGCAACGAUGAUGUCAGCACCCCCGCCUCCCUGCCCCACUGGUGAAUGGGAGUCAAGGGGGGGCGGAGGGGAUUCCUUUUUGUGUGAAAAGGGACCAGGAGCCAUGUCUCCCGAAGCAAAAAAUACUCACGCUGCUAGUACUCACUGAUACUGAGGAUGCGACAUACAGCUAAACCCUGGAGGAAAGGCCAGAGUGCAGACACAGAGCCAGUCAGAAAGGCCCCAGCUUGGUGGCUGGGAAGAACCAUGUGUGGCAUGGCGGCCCCUCCCCCUCACGUCUUCCAUGAUUGGGGUUGGAGGCUGUUUCCCCUGACACUCUGCGCUGUGCCCCUGCUUUGUCAGUGGGGCCUGGGAGGAGUGCUGAGGCUCUUCCCAUUGUUGGGGGUGGGCAGGGACUUUUACAGGGAUGAGAGCGGGAAGCCACAGGGGUGCAGGAAGGAGGAAAUUGGCACCAAGUUUUGGACACACGGAUGGGUGGCCAUCUUGCGGGCAGCAGGGACUCAGCAGGGAUAUCACAACCAUCAGGUGUGUCAGGGGGUUGGGGGAUUGGAUGGUGUGGGGCUGCCAGUAAUGGGUGGUUUGUCGUUAAUAAGCAACAAGGCUGCAGCCGGUAUGGGCCUCUGGGGGUCAUUGAGGGAUCGUAUCACUGUCAAGGCUUGGUAUGCAAACUGGUGCAUUGUUUGCUGAGGCUCUGGAUCUUGCUAGAGGAUCCCUGUGAGAGAGCAUGGGGCCAGCACCGUCCCAGCGGGCACUGCAGCAGCAUUGCCCUCCAGCACUGCCCACUAUCGCUGUUUUGUUGGCUCUUUGUGUCCGUGCUCAGGCCCGGCGACUCUCCUGUGAUUUCCCUGGAGCGGGGCCUGGCGGGGCGGACUUGGCGGGUUUGGGUGGAAGGCUCAUGAGCCCAGUCUGUGGAGGAGGCCUUUGGAGAUAUUGGGGGGGCAGCGUGCACCAGCUUAUUUAAUACCAAGCAGGCUAUGGUUUUGCCCCAUCCCCCACUGCCAUCCUGCUUGGAGGGCUGUCUGUGAUGGGGAGCAGGAGAUAAAGCAGAAGCCAGUAAGCCUGGCUGAGCCACUGGCCUGGCUGUAAAGGGAGUGUCCUCAAGGCCAGUUCUCUGACAGCCUGAGCCCUGCCAUGUCCAGGGCACAUCCCCCAGGGGCAGCCCCAGCUCCUGCGGCUCCCCUCCUUGCUGAGAGAUCGUGAGGACACUCCUCUCUGUGCCAGUGGGGGAAGCAAGCGCUAAAUGUAGCAAAUGUCGAUGUGUUUCAUGUGUCAGUGUGUGUCGAGCCGGCUAGGCCUGGCUGUUGUCAUGAUCACCCUUCCCAGGGAACAGCCUCCCCCAUCCCUGACCCCAAUGGGCCAGCUGGGCACUGGGACCCACAUGGGGAGCAAGGGGACAUAGCGCAUGAUGCCUUGUGAGGAGCAGAGACCUAACCCAUUUGGUCUUAACUGGAGGGACGUGGGCAGCAGGAGAGCUGCCGUCAGGCUCCGGAUCCCCUGCUCCAUGGAGUUUCUGGUGGCUGCAGUGGUUAGGCUCUCAUCAGCAUGCAGUGCUGGGCCGUAUGGGGCUGGGGCUUGGAUGGCAGGCAGGGGCCUGGGAAAGGGUGCUCACAGAUACCCCUGAUGGGCUUGGCUUGGUACCUGCUUCCUGGCCUGGAUGGCUCUUGCUUGCAUCUGCCCCUGGGGAGGAGGUGCACACCAGUGGAAGGCACAGGGGACAGGUGAGACCAACCUGAAACAGAGCCAGCUGGUGGGGUUGUCCAAGGCAAGCCAGUAGGCAUGGGGGUUGGCACAGCACCCACCCCUUAGAUGGGUGCGUUGGAGCCAAACCCCAAAGUGGUGGCCAGAAGGGAAAGCUAUUAACUGCCCCCAAAGUCUGACCAGUUUCCAUGACAAGCUGGAGGCAGCCGGGGGAGCUGCAGAGAAGAGACGGAAGGUGGUGGCACUGACAGUGCAGGCGAGAGCCCUGUGUCCAGGGUGCUCUGGAUGACUCACCAUGCACUGCACUAGGAGCAGCGUGAAGGGCUGAGUGGGGCUGCAGGGAGGCAAUGUCCUUGGUAUGCCAGGCGCUGCUGCACCAUGGGCCCCUGGGGAGAUGGGCUGAGCUGCCCUGGCCUCUAGGAUGCAUCCACUUAGACCCAGUCCACACGGAAGCUGCUGGCCAGCUCCCAGCCCUAACCCUCCAUGCCCCACCAGUGCCAUGGUGAGCCCUGUUCAGCCACUGUCACAUCCUGAAGCUAGCUGUCCCCUAGCCAGGGCUCUGCUGGGAGCCCACUCACUGCCAACAGAGGCCCAUGACAAGGCUGUUUGAUGGAGGCACAGACACCUCUGGGGCAGUAGCUUUAGUGGCUUGGGAACAAGCAGGUGGAAAUGACCCCCCCCGACAUGGUCCCCUCUUAAUGUGAGCCUUCCACAGCCACAAGCUGAGUGGGGCAGGCAGCUGGGUUUCCCUGGCAUGCCGGAGCCCGCUAGCACCCUAGCCGCCCAAAGCUUGUAUAUAGCCCAGUGAUAGCAGCAGGGCUUCAUCUCCCAGCUGUGCUCAGCUGUUCGCUAGCUGUGAGAUCAGCCCCCCCACGUACCUGCAUUACUGGGCUGUGUUGUGACAGCUGCAGGAGGCUGACUGGCAUCUGCUAACUCAGCUGGUCCCAUCUCCGUCACUGGCAGGCAAGGUUUGCAAACCCCGGUGUGGCCAAAGAAUGGUGGGACGUCCCUAGCCCUGUGGUAGUGGCAGGGUGCCACAGGCAGGCCCAUGGCGACUGCACUGCCAGAGUGUACUGGGAGACUGACCUGUGACAAGCAGGGCUGUACCGAGACAGGAAGGCACAGGGAAGGGGGGCGAGAUGGUGAGAGCUGAGAGAU